AUGGCGGCGCCAAUGUUCCGUUCGCCCAUAGACGGCGCGGGAACGCCGCCCGAUGUCGGCCAGAACGGCCAGCCCGAGGGCGAGCAGCGCCCGGACGACGAGGACCGGUGGCAGAGCUUGAAGGCCGUGUACUUUGCAUUCAACCUGGCCUUGACGGCCGCGGGGACGAUCUCGAACGUGCUCGCUUGCGGCCAGGCGCCGGUGGCCGUGGUCUUCCCGCUGUCGGUCGCCGCAGGCCUCUCAAGCAACCUCGUGCUGCAGCAGUACCUUCGGCUCGCCGAGUACGACAAGAACGCCAGGGUGGGCACGUCCAUUCUGGUGAUAGCGGUCAUUUUGAUAGCGCGGCUGGGCCCGACGGAGCUGCCUGCCAACGCCGACAUGUUGGCGUUGAUCUCCACGCCGCAAGCUGGGGUGUUCAUCGGCGUCAACUUGGUGGUGAUGGCUGGCAGCAUGUCCGCCCUGUUUUUCCAGUGGGCGCGCGCCAGGAACAACGCGGUGGAGCUGCUGCUGUUCACGCUGGUGGGCGGCACAGGUACGGUGCUCAACGCCUCCAUCUCCAAGUUGGCGCAGAUGCACGUGACUGCGCCCGUCAGGCUAUCUUUGCUGGCCGUGUACAUGCACGUUUGCGGUUUCUUUUAG